GUCAUGACCUCCAAUUCCAAUUUAUCCAGCAUGCGACGGUUGGUAGAGCAGCUGAAACUUGAGGCCAGUGUGGAAAGAAUCAAGGUGUCCCAGGCAGCUGCAGACCUGCAGCAGUAUUGUCUGCAGAACGCCAGCAAAGAUGCCCUGCUGGUUGGAGUCUCUACAGGCAGCAACCCGUUCAGGGAGCCCCGCUCCUGUGCUGUGGUGUAA